GCGCUGAUUUGGGGCUGCAGACCCUCGCAUGUGGGCCUGAUGCCUCGAAAUAUACUAGCCCCGGAGUUCCCUGUAGAGACUAGCAGGGUACCGUUCCACCCAACGCGUCCCCUCUCGGCUCGGAGAAGGCACGGAGAUCGCCCCGGGCCUCACCUUGGGGCCCCCCCGCAGCCGGGCGAUCUACGCUUGCGCACUCCCAGGUGCAGCCUGCGACUCCCAGAAGGCGCUGGGGCCCGAGCCGUGGGCGGCGCGCGCGAAACCGGAGGACGCCGCCGGGGGUUCUUGUCAGGGUUUCGGACCCAGGGCUGCGUUUCCCCCCCGGGUGACGUGGGCAUGGGCUCGGGAGAGAACUUGGCUUCCUUCUCUCGGCUCGCGCGCUGCCCGUGAGUUGUUUCAGUCUGAGGAAGGAGUUGGUGUGGGUCGCUGAGGAAAGGACCCUGCGGACCUAGAUUUCCCCGCGCGCGCGGGAACCUGCGUGGCGGUGGGAGGGGGCUGCGGCAGGCGCUCAAAGCGCGGGGUCGCGAGCGCGAUCCGGGCGUGUAUGCCCGCCCCUCAGGUAGGUCCGUGGGAGCCUGAGCUGCGGGGACUGUAGCGGCAGCUUGGGGGAGACAGCCCGGGAGUGGGGCGAGAGGCCACGCCGUGCCCCGUGACGGUGGGCGCGAGUGUGAGGCUGGCAGGUGCAUGGUUGUCCUUGUGCGGGGGCGACGUGAGCGCCAGGUUCCAGGUUCCCUGCUGUGUCCUGUAAACCACAAAUAAUCAUUUGACUAGGAAAACUAUUCUGAUUAUUUACAACGCUUUUAUAUGUUAGAAAGAUUAUCUAAUGUAAUUACCCGGAGACAUACUUUCAGAAUUAGUAAUUUAUAGUUUUAAGGUUACUCUCAGAGAAAAUGACAGCAAUAUCUGAUGUCCAUGUAUAUUGCAAGUACAAACAAUAUUUCCAAAGAUUGCAAUACUUAAUACACCUAAAUUUUCAUAUUUUGUGGAGAUUCUCCAUUUUAUCAUAUUAUGUUCUUGAAAGAGAUUCAUAAUGCUGGAUGAGGUUUUUCUUGGUCUCUAGUUGCUGGGGCCUUGGGAAAGGGAAAUUUUAUCCUUUCCUGUGUGAUACCCCGCUCUGUCUCUUUCUCUUUCUCCACAUAUAUACACAUAUGCACCGGAAUUUUAAAAACUGGGAUUAUAAGGAAAGCAAACCCCAAGAAACAAAUUUUACUGUAAGCAAAACAGGAGUCAUCAAUAUUAGCGUUAUUGUAUAAUGAUUGAUUAAGGAAGAUAUAACUAUUUUCAUCAUCAGUAAUAAUAGCGUAGAUCAACCAGGGUAGUGUACUUUUUAGUGUGGAUUAUCUCCUUGUCAAAACAAUCAUAUAGUAUAUGAUACUCUCAUCUUCUCUCUGCAGGGAUGUGGAAACAGAGGCACAAAGCUGUUACUAACUUUCACAGCUAAAGCCUAUUUUCUAUUCCUGAAAGUAACAACAGAGCCUGUGGUCUUAAUUUCAAUAGAUUAUCAUGUUUUAACUUGUGCCUUUUAAAACCCGGCUUCUUCACUGAGUUAAAGUUUUUUUCCACCAUAGAAAUGGGCUAUUGUGAUAGUUACCAGUGAUGGCAUAAUAUGUUACAAUUUAGCAGACCAAAAUAUGUUUAACUUGUUCCUACUGUGAGAUAUUUGUUUAAAUGUUCAGUUAUCAGAAAUACUCUCAUGAACAUCCUUGUGCAUAUAUCUUGUAUUCUUCUAUAGUUUUUUUUUAAAAAAACAUUUCUAGAUGUGAAAUUUUGUCGACAUUUAGACACUUAACAAAUGUCAUCUGUAUGGUAGACAUGGAAUUUGUAGUAUUUGGGGCAUUAUAGUCACUGAAGAGACUUAUUUCCUUGAUAAUGCCUAGUAUGUAUCAACUAAGGUAAAAUCUGAAUAGGAAUAGUCUAAGACUGUAUGCAGGAGGCCACUGGGAAAGGUUUAGAUGACCUAUCUUGUGAAUUCACUGGAAAAGUACUUUAGUCUGCUUAUAGCAACAAUCACGAUAUGAAUGAAUUAUGCCAAUUCUGAGCAAUCUCUAGCCAUAAAUGGAUUUUGUGCUGUAACAUCUUUUUUAAAAAAAGAUUUAUUUAUUUAUUUGAAAGACAGAUUUACACAGAGAGAGGAGAGGCAGAGAGAGAGAGAGAGAGAGAGGUCUGAGGUCUUCUAUCCUCUGGUUCACUCCCCAGUUGGCCGCAACAUCUGGAGCUGUGCCAAUCCGAAGCCAGGAGCCAAGAACCUCCUCUGGGUCUCCCACACAUGUGCAGGGGCCCAAGGACUUGGGCCAUCUUCUACUGCUUUCCCAGGCCAUAGCAGAGAGCUGGAUCAGAAGAGGAGCAGCCGGGUCUUGAACCGGUGCCCAUAUGGGAUGCCAAUGUUUCAGGCCAGGGCAUUAACCUGCUGCACCACAGCGCUGGCCCAGAGUGCUGUAACAUUUUUUAAGGAAGAUUUAUUUGGGUCUGGUGUUGUGAUAUAGUAGGUCAAGCCUCCACCUGUGGCACUGGUAUCCCAUGUGAUCGCCCGUUGGAGUCCCAGCUGCUCCUCUUCUGAUCCAUCUCUCUGCUGAUGGCCUGGGAAAGCAGUGGAAUAUGGCUCAAGUGCUUGGACCACUGCACCCAUGUGGGAGACCCAGAAGAAGCUCCUGGCUCCUGAUUGGCCCAGCUUUGUCUCUCCGUCUCUGUCUGUAACUCUGCCUCUCAAGUAAAUAUAUAAAUCUUUUAAAAAAAAUAAGAUUUUUUUGGAGGGCAGUUACAGAGAGAAAAGGAGAGGCAGAGAGAGAUCUUCCGUCUGUUGGUUCACUCCCCUAAUGGCCACAACGACCAAAGCUGAACCAGGCUGAAGCGGGGAGCCAUGAAGUUCAUCCAGGUCUCCUAUGCAGGUGCAGGGGCCCAAGUACUUGGGCCAUUCUCCACUGCCUUCCCGGACACAUUUGCAGGGAGCUGGAUCAGAAGUGCAGCAGUCAGAUCUUGAACCUGCACCCAAAAGGGAUGGCAGCCUUGUAGGCAUAGGCUUAACCUGCUGCACCACACACCAACCUCCUGGGUACUCUUGUAUGAAUUCAUGAUGGUCUCCCACAGAGCUGUAUUUUAGGGCUUCUCAAUGGAAAGGUUUAUUUUGUUUCUAAACCUGUCAGCUAGGUUAUGAUGUCUUCUAGACAUCCACGGCCAUUUAGGGAAUGAACCAGUAGAUGGAAGAUCUCUCUCUCUCUGUCUCUCCUCCUCUCUGUAACUCUGCCUUUCAAGUAAAUAAAAAAUAAAUCUUAAAAAAAAAAAAAAAGAUAUGACUCUGGGACUUCUCCCCAUGUUGUCUAGACAGAGCUCUAUUAUAUGUGAGAAGAAAUGAUCAAGUGAUUUCAGAUAGGGGGAUCCAAAAGAAACAAAGAUAAGCCGUUCUUUCCAUAAUACAACCUAAAUUUAGAGAACAAGGAAUUGUCUGCAAGUCCCUUUCUUUUUUGGAGAGUAUCUUCCUGUUAACAACAAAACCAAAAAGAACACUGAUUUCAAGUUUAACCUAUGGGCAUUAUUAUAAUUAGGAAAACAGUUUUAAAAAGAAAAUGUCAAACAAAAAAGAAAAACAUUGUUAACAAAUGUUCCUAUAACCUUCCAAACUUUCCUAUCUACUGAUUUCAAUAGUGUGUCUGCUAAUCUUUGUCUCUAUUGAUUGAUGUGUCUGUGUAUUUUACAAUUAUAAUUAUGUUGGUUCACCUUUUUCUUUUGGCAAUAUAAGUAUUUUCCCUACUUUACGUUUGAUGUCUACUUGAUAUUCUAGUAUAAUGAUGGUCUGUUUAAUGGUCUGUGUUAGUAUAAUGAUGGUAUGUGUUUAACUAGUAAGCUUUCUCAGACUCAAAAUAGUGAACACUGCCUUUCUGGCUUCAGCAUUUUUUUGUUUAAGAUUUAUUUAUUUAUUUGAAAGACAGAGUUACAGAGAGAGGUAGAGACAGAGAGUGAGGUCUUCAUCCGCUGGUUCACUCCCCAGAUGACCGCAAAGGCUUGAGCUGCGCCGAAAUGAAGCCAGGAGCCAGGAGCUUCUUCCUGGUCUCUCAUUUGUGUGCAGGGGUCCAAGGACUUGGGCUAUCUUCUACUGCUUUCCCAGACCAUAGCAGAGAGCUGGAUCGGAAGAGGAGCAGCCGGUUCUCGAACAAGCGCCCAUGUGGGAUUUCGGUGCUUCAGACCAGGGCAUUAACCUGCUGCGCCACAGCACUGGCCCCCUGGCUUCAGCAUCUUAAGCCAAUUUUACUCAAUUCCCAAGCCACAAGAAGUUGUGAGUUGCAUGAUGAGGGCCCUUUUCUGUCUUGGGAGGUGUGGAAUAGAAGGAAAGUCUACUCCAAGUAGGACUCUGUUGCUUAAUCACUGGUCUACAGUUGCCUGUUUGUCCUCAAGGCAAAAGUGUCUUUUUUCUAUGACUUUGUCCAGGGAAGACACUUAUGGUUUGGGAGAGGAACUUUAUUUAUCCAGACCCUUAAGUUUACGAAUUAUGUGUUUUAGCAAAUAUUUUGGAAUCUGAAAUAUGUGAGUAUAAGAGCAAUAUUAAGUAAGUUAAAGUCACUCAAGAACAUUAAAGCAAUAUUGGUCUCAGUGUCUUUCUCUUCUCCCAGCUCUGACAAUCGGCAUCUGUGCUUUUCUGAUAGCGUGACCCUCAGGACUGAUCUGCUCUUGCAGAUCUAAAACCAUGGCGCAUAUAUUCCAUUUCUAAGCCUGACGUAAUCACAUUAUUAGAGCAAGGAAAAGAGCCCUGGAUGAUUUUAAGGGAAGAAACAAGAAGAUGGUGUAUUGAUUUGGAAUCAAGGCAAGAAGUAAUCAGUUCUGGAAAAGUGCAUGUUUAUACAAAAUGUCCACCUCUUUCUCUGCAUCAGAGUAUUCAUAACAGAGAGAAACUCUAUGAAUGUGACAAAUGUGGGAAGGCUUUUACUCAUCAUACAGACCUUAUAGUACAUCAGAAAAUUCAUACUAGUGGAAAAUUCUAUGAAUGUCAGCAAUGUGGAAAAGCUUUUAAUUGUGCAUCCAACCUUCUGCAGCAUCAGAGAAUUCAUACUGGUGAAAAACCCUAUAAAUGUGAAGCAUGUGGCAUGACCCUUAGUCGUAGUAUAGACCUUAGGGUUCAUCAAAGAAUUCAUACAGGUGAGAAGCCCUAUGAGUGUGAAGAGUGUGGGAAGGCCUUUAGUCGUGCCUCUUACCUAACUCAGCAUCGAAGAGUUCAUACUGGUGAGAAAUCCUAUGUGUGCCAUGAAUGUGGGAAGGCGUUUAGUCAACGUGGAGGACUUAAAAUCCACCAGAGAAUUCAUACUGGGGAGAAACCCUAUGAAUGUAAGGAAUGUGGAAAAGCUUUUAGUCAAGCCUCUUACCUUAUGCAACAUGACAGAAUUCAUACUGGAGAACGACCCUACGAGUGCCAUGAAUGUGGGAUGACCUUUAGUCGUGUUAUAGAUCUUAGAGUACAUCAUAGAAUUCAUACCGGUGAGAAACCCUAUAAAUGUAAAGAAUGCGGGAAAGCCUUUAGUCGUGCUUCAAAUCUUGUUCAACAUGAGAGAAUUCACACUGGGGAGAAGCCCUUUGAGUGUAAAGAAUGUGGGAUGACCUUUAGUCACGUCUAUCAGCUCAUUCCACAUCAGAGAACGCAUACUGGUGUGAAACCCUAUGAAUGUAACGAGUGUGGGAAGGCUUUUAAUCAUACCUCAGUACUUAUUCAUCAUGAGAAAAUUCACACUGGUGAGAAAUCCUAUAAAUGUAAAGAAUGUGGGAAGGCCUUUAUACAUGGUGGGAGCCUUAGGAUGCACCAGAGAAUUCAUACAGCCAGGAGCCAGGAGCUUCUUCCUGGUCUCCCAUGCAGGUGCAGGGACCCAAGGACUUGGGCCAUCUUCUACUGCUUUCCCAGGCCAUAGCAAAAAGAGCUGGAUUGGAAGUGGAGCAGCUGGGACUCGAAUCAGCACCCAUAAAGGAUGCAUGCAUUGCAGGCUUCAGCUUUAUCCACUAUGCCACAGCGCCGGCCUUGGUAUGAUAUUCUUUUGAUGCUUACUGAAUUCCAUUACUUAAUUUUUUAUUUAGAUUUUUUAAAUAUGUAUUUAUACAGGAAGCGAUCUAAUUUCCUUUUUUUUUUUUUUUUUACAGGCAGAGUUAGAGAGAGAGAGAGAGAGAGAGAGAAAGGUCUUCCUUCCGUUGGUUCACCCCCCAAAUGGCCGCUAUGGCCGGCACGCUGCGCCAAUCGAAGCCAGGAGCCAAGUGCUUCCUCCUGGUCUCCCAAGCACUUGGGCCAUCCUCCACUGCCUUCCCGGGCCACAGCAGAGAGCUGGACUGGAAGAGGAGCAACCGGGACAGAACCAGCGCCCCAACCAGGACUAGAACCUGGAGUACUGGUGCUGCAGGCAGAGGAUUAGUAAUUUCCUUUUGUAUUCAGGUUUGAUAUAGUUAUUGGUUUAAAAUGAGGUAGAAUUUGGGGCUGGCACUGUGGCAUAACGGGUAAAGCCACUGCCUGCAGUGCUGGCAUCCCAUAUGGGCACUGGUUCAAGUCCUGGCUGCUCUACUUCCAACCCAGCUCUCUGCUAUGGCCUGGGAAAGCAGUAGAAGAUGGCCCAAGUCUUUGGGGCCCUGCACCCGCAUGGGAGACCUGGAAGAAUCUCCUGGAUUGGCUCAGCUCCAGCCAUUUCGGCCAUUUGGGGAGUGCACCAGCAAAUGGAAGAUCUCUCUCUGCUUCUUCCUCUCUGUAACUCUGCCUUUCAAUAAAUAAAUAAAUCUUUUAAAAAUUUUUUUAAAUUAAAUGAGAUAGAAUUUAUCUUUUAAAAGGAGCUUUUAUAUCUGUUGAUUUGUUUUUAAUGUUAUAUUUUUAAAAUGAACUUAAAGGAAGCAUCUUUUUAUAUGAGCUCCUGAGUAAAAAUUUAAUAUGUUUUUUGACGACACAUUUUUAGACACUAGAUCUCCUCUAGAAGCAGCACCAGUUUGGUUGUUUAAAUAUUUAGAUAUAUCCCAGUAACUAUGUUAGCUGUCACUGAAGUUCUUUCAUGUCUAAAUCUUCAGAAAUAAUUAACAUCUAUAGCAAUAUUCACUAAUUCCAAAUCUCACUAAUUUAGGAAUAUUAAGUAUCGAGAAAUAGUUGCUUAUUUAUGUUUUUUUAAAGGCAACUUUUAAUGUUUGAAAUUACCGACUAGCAUUUCACUUAAUAUUGAACAAUUAAUAGUUUUCUGAAUAUUCUGUUAAAGAGAACUGAUAAACUAAAUCUGAAAGAUUUAAUAAAUUGAAUGUUUUUACUGACCAACUCAAACCUAAAGUCUUUGUAUGUCUGCUGAAAAUCACACACUUAAUAAUGAUUCUUAGCCGGCGCCGUGGCUCAAUAGGCUAAUCCUCCACCUUGCGGCGCCGGCACACCGGGUUCUAGUCCCGGUUGGGGCGCCGGAUUCUGUCCCGGUUGCCCCUCUUCCAGGCCAGCUCUCUGCUAUGGCCAGGGAGUGCAGUGGAGGAUGGCCCAGGUGCUUGGGCCCUGCACCCCAUGGAAGACCAGGAAAAGCACCUGGCUCCUGGCUCCUGCCAGGAUCAGCGCGGUGCGCCGGCUGCAGCGGCGGCCAUUGGAGGGUGAACCAGCGGCAAAGGAAGACCUUUCUCUCUCUGUCUCUCUCUCACUGUCCACUCUGCCUGUCAAAAAAAAAAAAAAAAAAAAGAUUCUUAAAAAUCUCCCAAAUCCUGAGGCAGGCUUUCCACACUUCCGUAACAGAUCCAUAACAGAUCCUGAGAUGCCUGGGGCCUUGGUCCAAGCCCUUCUUACCUGUGGAAUAGGAGCAAUUUUGCCUGUCUGGGAUCUGAAAAUGACCUUAUGUUUGCUCCAGCCUUCUCAACUGCAGUCUCAGAGCAGGAUUACUCACCCAGGAAACCACUAGGAGACACAUAUCUGAGACUCAGAACUAACCUGGAGGUCUGUCUCAGCUCUCUACUCUGAACUUUUUCUCAAUUUCAGCCCAUCUCUGGUAUGUACCUUGGCAGUAAAGCCAGCCCAGGCACUUUUCCAGUGAUCCCAAGGGAACUCUCCAAGACGCCGUAAUGAUGCUAUACCCAUCAGUGGGCCUGUUACCAACAUCCUGUGAACACUGAAAUGACUCUUCUCUUCAUGCCAGCCUAACAAUCCAAGGCCUGGAGGAAGCAAGGUCCAGCCAGGGGCCAGAUAGGCCCUACUCUUACUAGAUUUCCUGGUAAUAAGCUCAAUAAAAUCAGUUGUCAUUGUACAUGCAGAAUGACUCCACAAGGCCCAGAUCCAACCUCAUUCAACCACAAACUUCACAGGAGAAUGUAACUUGCCAAAAGCAGUUAAGACCUCCAAGUGCAGGUACCAACAAAAGCCUACAUGUACAACAACAUGGAAACUAAUGAAGUUCCAAUAACUGACCCAAAAGAAAUGGAGAAAUACAAACUAGCUCAUAAUUUUUCCCCAAAGUUACCAUGUUAAAGAAGCUGAAUUACAUGCAAGAAAACAUGGGCAGACCCUGGAGUGAAAUUAGGAAAACAAAACUUGAACAAAAUGGAAAUUUAAUAAAGAAGUAGAAAACAUGUAAAGAACUAGCUUAGGGACGGAAGAUAGCAGCCGAGUAAGACCCUGGCAUCCACCUUCCCGCAGAGAUAAUUAUAGGAACAGCUAUUCAUGCACCAAGUCACAAUUCACAAGAACUACAGAACCCAGAGAGAGCACAGCACCUUGUGUUAUUAUAAUAACAGUUUGAAGAAAGUAAGGAAAGUGUUGCCUGCAUCAAGCCUCCCCUGGCCCCAAGUAGUGUGUGGAGAGAGAAUUGAAACCCUGGCCUACCUGAUAAAAUGCUGGCAGAAACCCUGGCUCCUGCCCCCUGGCCUGUACCUGCAGACUUUGACCCCUAUGUAACCAGGUAACUAACCUCCAUCACCCUUCUCCUCAAAUGCUGGAAGAAAGUAGAGCAAGGCUUGACAGAGUAGGACAUGCGAGGGAACUCAAGACCUUGCCUUGGAGUGCCAACAUGAGAUUCAGUACCUGAUAAAGUCCAGCAGCUUCUGUCCUCAGGCUGUUGCUCACGGAGUUUCUGGAUUUACCUGGUAUCAGGUGGUGGCCUGUGUUCUGGUGGCAUAAAUUCAUUCUGGCCACCACCAGCAUCAGGCGAGCCUGGCAUGCACACCCAGUCUCAGUGACUGUGGGACCCAGCUGGGACUCGCCUGGUCAGUCUGAGUGGCCAGGGGGCUGCUUUUGUCACCCUCCCCCAACCUUGGGCAGAUAGUCCCGGCGCUUGCAGAUCCUCAUGAUCCCCAUUCCUGGGCAAGUGCCUGUGGACAGUCUCUGGACUUGCCCCAUUACCAGGUGGAGACAGGCAACUGAGUGGGAUGACUUGUUUCAGUGACUAUCAACACUUUUAUGGGCCUGAUAGGCAUCCUCAAAAUUGUACAAGAGCCUAAUGACUAUGAGACCUAGGUGUAACCCACUUAGUGUGUGCCUGGACAGCAGAAGGGGUGACUCUUGUCACCCCUCUUACAACCUUGGGCAGACAGCAAGAAAAUACACUGUUUUGGCAGUCAGUACCAGGAUGGUAAAAUCCAACAUUGAACAGAUCCUAAUGAUCCCUGUCCCCCGGUGGGCGCCUGUAGACAAAGACUCUGCACUCGCUUCAGUGCCAAGUGGAGGUCUGAGGCCCCAGGGUAAUCAGUCUUACACCAUGGCCAGCAUCACUAGUGGCUGGAAGGAGCGGAAUCAUGCAGUGAGUUCCUCUCUGGAGAAGAUGGACCUCAGAAGGUUGGGCUUCUGUCCCGUAUACAAGCUGCACUGGUCUCAGUAGGCUGUGGGCUCCAGGUGUGAUCUAGUACCAUGGCAGUGGAAGACACAGGACACAGAAGGAAUUUUUAGGGAUGGACUACCCUACCCCUUUUUGUAGCUUCCCCAGUUAUUGCUGAGCAACACUCCAGCUACAAAUUUGGGAUGAAUUUGAACUUAGAAUUGUAGAACAAACAGUGAAGACAUCUCAACAUCAGACCUUGGGCAAACCUCAACUCCGGGUGCUUGCUGUUUAGUGUUGACAUGUACAAGUGUCCAUAACCUCAGAGAAAAUAAGGACUGUUUAGGACAGCCACGAACAGACCAAGUUACUAUAUAACAAAUCCUUCAGCAUGCAAAGUUAUGCACCAACAAGCAUAAAGAACUUUAAGGAACCAUAACUUUCCCUUUAAACAGUAAAAUAAGAUGCCAGAAAUCAACCAUAUAGGAACUGAAAUUUUUAAAUGCUCAGAUGAGGAUUUCAAAGCAGCUCUGUUAAGGACACAAUAAAGAGAAAUGGUUUAGUACUCUUAAUUUAUAGAGAGGGAAGAGAAAAUCAGAAAAAUUUCAAGUGAAAAGAGUGAAAAGCACACUAAGUGAUAUUAAAAAUGUGAUAGACAUGAAAUUAAAAUGUGAUAGAGGAGCCGGCACUUUGGCGCCUGCAGUGGGGCAUCCCAUGUGGGCGCCAGUUGGAGUCCCUGCUGCUCCACAUCCGAUCCAGCUCUCUGCUAUGGCCUGGGAUAGCAGUGGAAGACGGCCCAGGUCCUUGGGCCCCUGCACCCACGUGGGAGACCUGGAAGAAGCUCCUGGCUCCUGGCUUCGGACCGGCACAGCUCCGGCCAUUGUAACCAUCUGAGGAGUGAACCAGCAGAUAGAAGACCUUCUCUCUGUCUCUACCUCUCUUUGUAACUCUGUCUUUCAAAUAAAUAAAAUAAAUCUUAAAAAAAAAAAAAAAAAAAAAAAA